UUAGAAUGUUUAGCAUCACAGUGUUCUAUGACAUCACAGCUGAUGACAUCACUAUGACAUCAACAGAAUCUUAACUACUACUGAACACCAAGCUGGUUUUUCUUCACUGUUCCCGACCUUCAUCGCGACAGUACACCUUUGAGAGAGCACGUUCGAAUCUUAGCCAAACAGCGAGAAUUCGAUCUCAGAUAUCAGACGCCUUUCAGAGAAGCGACUAUAUCUGAUUUACAGAAAGUUAGACAUGGAGCAAACGCUUUCAUGGGUAGACAUGGUCGACCUCGACAUCCAAGUCGACUACGAUGCAAUCAUCUUCCCUAUGGAAGAUGGCAGUGACGGUACCAGUGAGCUGCAUCCCACCCAGCCAGAAGAUGGUACAGAGAUCCAAGGGGAAUCUGGUCCCUCUGCUGAAUCUGAGACUCCUCCUUCAGUGGAGGUUCAGCAGGAUUCAUCUUCCUCUGCUGACUCUGGCUCUCUCAACUCAGAAGAUAUCCAGCCAUCUCCAAGGUCAGAAAAACCAAGGAAAGACCUCAGUGCCUUUACUUCCUCUCAGGCACCUCACUCAUACCACCAAUCUAAGCAUUUCCAGGGCCGAUGCCAACAAGCAGAGCGGCCACACAACUCACAAGCCCACAAGAGAAAACCAAGGCAUUCCCAGGCCACUGGAAGCUCUGAGGCUCGUCACCCCCAGUACUUUAAGAGUGACAAGAUGCCUGAACACGCCUCAGCUGGUACGGUGAUCCCUCCCUCGUUGGACAUUGAACAGGCAAUCAAACGUAUCAGUGAUCUCACGCAGCAGGUGGACGAUCUUAAACAGGAGCUGCAAGGUAAGGUCUUUGAUCUUCACGAGGAGAGAGAACGAAGAAUCAAGUUUCAGGUUGAUUGCAAAGCACAGCUGGAACAGAUCCAAGAACUGGAAAAAAGUUUAGAACAUGAACGCCACAUGAGAUUGAAAUGUGAAGAGAAAGCGGAGAAGCAGGAAACACUUGCUGCACCGCAGACUGCAGGUGCAUCAAGAUUUCCACGCAUUCCCAAAGUUACGGUCCAUGAGAGCGUUCUGAAUGAGCUUCAGUUUUUUAGGAGGCAGGCAGAAAAAAAUGCCUUGAACAGUGAGAGGCUAGCAGAGGCUUUGGUAGCAGAACAGCAGCUGAGAGCCAAAUAUGAGGAUCAGCUGAGGAGUAACUAUCAAGAAGCCUCCAGAUUCAAAGAACAGCAGGAAACAAUCAGAUCUCUGAAGAGUCAGGUUGGAGAACUGACCGUAGAGUUGAACCUUGCUUUGAAAAACCAACAUCCUAAAGUUUCCUCACAAACAGAGGCCGCCACACAAACUAAAGCCUCCAUGAAAACUGAGGUCUCCAAACAAACAGAGGCACCCAGGCAAACAGGGCCUCAGAGAAACAGGACUGUUCAUGAGGUUAGAGACCCCCAGCAUGAAUACAGGAGACAGAAUACUAACAGAGGCUUCAGUGCAAACCCAGGCCUGUACCCACAUGCAGGCCACCAUAAAAACGGAGGCUCCCAUGAAAAUAGGAGACGUCCUCCUUAUAGAGGCCAGUAGGCAAACAGGCCUCCAGGCUAUCAGAAGCACUGGAUCACAUUCCUGACUCCAAGUGUGUUCUCAUGUAAAUAUGUAAAUAUAUGUCACAAUCUGUUAAUAAAACAAAUACAAGGAAAUCUAGAAAACAAGAAAAA